AUGUUUAAUUUUGGUUCAACAACUAUGAACAAAACGAGUCCUUUCGGACAAUCGACACCUGUAAAUCAUGCUCAAACAGGAAAUAGUUUUUUGUUUCGUAAUACAACGGCAAUACCAUUUUCAACAUCAUUAUCAUCAUCAAAUCUAUUUGGACCAACAACAAAUCUUCAAUCAUCAUCACUUGAUACUACGACAUUUCAAAAGUAUGAACCAGCUGUUAGUGGUAUAGGUAAAAAUACCGUGCAAGGAUCUAAUCAAUCAAAAGAACUUUUUACUGAAGACAAAACGAAUAGUCAAAAAUUUUCAUUAUCAUCUCCUGUCGCAACGACAACUGAAAAUGUAACAUUAGGUCCAUUUUUAUUUGAUAAAAAACCGUCUACGACUACAGCGAUGACAUUUUCAUUUAGUAGUAGUCAACCUUCAACAACCUCCACACUGGGUAAUUCGACAUCAUUUUUCCCAACCACAACAACCACAGACACACCUUUCACAUUUUCAUCAUCAAAAUCAGCAAUAACAACGACGACAACAACUACUACUCCCGUUUUAUAUUCAACAAUGAAUCAAUCAACUACGUCUUCUGUUGACCUGAAAUUAUUUCAAACAAUGCUUAAUACACAACCAUUCAGUAAUGAACCAACUUUUCUUGCACGAAAUAUAAAAUCAAAUGUCAGAGUUGAUCGAUCUCAUCUUCGUACUGAAUCUGAUUCAUCAUCAAUUCGUUCAAAAAACAAUCUAUUUUUAUCAGUUCUUAAUAAACCAUCUGUUCGAUCAGUUACUCCAUUAUUAUUAAAUAAUACAUUAACAACACAAUCAGAUACUCAUUCAUUUUUACAAUCAAACAAACGAAAAUUAGCUGAUUCAUUACUUGAUGAUAAUGAUGAAAAAUAUUUAUUAAUUACGGAUGAUGGUCCAUCAUCAUCAAAUAAUAAAAUAUCUAAAAUCAAUAUAAAACGUCCACGAAUGCUUGAUAUGAGUAAAAUUCGUUCUGUUGUUCUUGGAAAUAAUGAAACAAUUAAUGAAACAUUCACUAUGAAAACAUCAACAACAACAGAAAACCUUAUCGGAUGGAAAAAAUUUUCAACCUAUGAUGAAUAUAUAUCAUCAAAAACAUCAGAUCAACAAUCAUUUCAUUUACCUAAAUUAACACAUAAUGAUUAUUAUACAAAACCAACAAUUGAAGAAUUACGUUCAUAUUUUAAUGAACAAGGCGAAUGUUUUGUUAAGAAAUUUACUGUUGGUAGAAAACAUUAUGGUUCUGUUACAUUUCAAGGUUUAAAUAUGAAUCUGGCUGGUCUUGAUCUUGAUCGAUUAGUUGAAAUUGAUCGUCGUCAAGUUACAGUCUAUCCAGAUGAGAAAGAUAGACCAAAUGAAGGUGAAGGAUUAAAUUGUCAAGCUAUAAUAUCUUUAUUAGGUGUUUAUCCAAUUGAUCGUUCAAUAUCAAAUGGUGGUGAAGAAGUAACAGAUCCUAAUCGAUUAAUUGAAAUGAAUUAUGGCAAAUAUUUAGAAGGAAUGACAAAAAAAUUUCAAGGACAAUUUAUUGAUUAUGAUGUUUAUACAGGAACAUGGACAUUUCAAAAACAUCAAUGUAAUAAGAUGUCCUUCAAUUUAAAUCUACCAGAAAAUGAUCCUUUUUAUAAGAAACAACCUAUUCGAACACGUAAAAGACGUUUACAAGAAUCAUCACGUCUUGGACAAAGAAACUUUCAUCCUGAACUUGAAGCUUUACCAUUAUUAAAAGAAACUCCUGCUGAUCAACAAGAAAAAUUAUUUGCUGCUAAAUUAAAACAAUGUUGCGUUAUAUUUGAUUUUUCUGAUUGUGUAAGCGAUCUAAAGAGUAAAGAAAUCAAACGCGCAUGUCUCAAUGAAAUUGUUGAUUAUAUAACAGUGACAAGAAAUUGUUUAACAGAAAAUAUUUAUCCUGAAGUAAUAACAAUGGUAUCAAUAAAUUUAUUUCGUAUUUUACCACCACUUGGUUCUGAUAGUAGUACAUCAGAUGAAACAGGUGGUGAAGAUGAAGAACCAACUUUAGAAGCAUCGUGGCCACAUACACAAAUAGUCUAUGAAUUUUUUUUACGUUUUUUGGAAUCUCUUGAUUUUCAACCGAGUAUAGCAAAAAAAUAUAUCGAUCAAAAAUUUGUCUUACAAUUACUUGAAUUAUUUGAUAGUGAAGAUCCACGUGAACGAGAUUUUUUAAAAACAAUUCUUCAUCGUAUUUAUGGAAAAUUUCUCGGUUUACGAGCAUUUAUUCGAAAACAAAUAAAUAAUAUCUUUCUCAGAUAUAUUUAUGAAUACGAACGAUUCAAUGGGAUUGCUGAACUACUUGAAAUACUUGGAAGUAUUAUCAAUGGUUUUGCUGUACCACUUAAAGAAGAACAUAAAGUAUUUCUCGAACGUGUUCUUCUGCCGUUACAUAAAGCACAUUCAUUGAAUUUUUUUCAUCCACAAUUAACUUAUUGUGUUGUACAAUUUAUUGAAAAAGAUCCAGCGCUUGGUGAACCAAUUAUAAAAGGUCUAAUUAAAUUCUGGCCGAAAACUUGCUCAACAAAAGAAGUUUUAUUUCUCAAUGAACUUGAAGAAAUUCUCGAUAUAAUCGAUUCACAAAUAUUUAAAAAUAUUUGCACAAUACUUUUCAAACAAAUCUCACGAACAGCUACAUCAUCACAUUUUCAAGUAGCUGAACGAUCAUUAGCUUUAUGGUCGAAUGAGUAUGUUGUGCAAUUAAUUGAAGAGAAUUUAGAACAAAUUUUACCUAUUCUUCUACCACCUUUAUGUCGAAUAUCUAAAACACAUUGGAAUACAAAUAUAAUAACAUUAACAUACAAUUUAUUAAAAAAUUUAAUGGAUAUUAAUAAAAAAUUAUGUGAUGAUGUACUAAAUACAUUACGAGAUGAUGAACAAAAAUCUAUAAUUAAAGAACAAGAUCGAACAAAUCUAUGGAAACGACUCGAUCAACUAAGUUUAGAUAAAAACAAUGAAUGA